CGCACUAGGAUGAGUUUUGUUUGAAGUGAAUUGCUGCUUGGAACUGCCCUACAAGCUGCAAAGUCGCCAAGCGUUUGAUUUUAACUGUAUAUUUGUUUAAUUUCAUCCUCGUUCCUUCGCUUCUCUAUGCAUCGUAGAUACGAUGUUAGGCCAUCAUUAUCAAAAUGUCGACAAGUCGCAACAACUGGUCAACUAUGUGGAGGAUUACCUGGAAUGUGUGGAGUCCCUGCCUUUGGACAUACAAAGAAAUGUGUCUCUGCUUCGAGAAAUUGAUGCAAAGUAUCAAGACGUGCUGAAGGAGGUGGAUGAAGUGUUUGAGAAAUACAAAGGUGAACAGGACUCUGCUCAACGGAAGCGCCUGCAGAUCCAGCUGCAGAGAGCCCUCAUCAUCAGCCAGGAGCUAGGCGACGAGAAGAUCCAUGUCGUGACCCAGAUGACGGAGCUGGUGGAGAACCGCUCCCGCCAGAUGGAUUCCCAUUCGCUGUGCCUCCAGGAGCCCAGCGAAUCGGAGCGUCUCCCCACGGAGCGCCGCUCCAACGUCCCGGAGUCCCCGGCCACAGAGCGCUCCUCCACCCGCCGCCCGAGACGCCAACGCAACAGCGAGAGUCGCGACUCUACCCACCCGUCUGCCAACGGCUCUUUAUUGGACGACCCUGUGGAGGAGCUAUCCCUUCCCCCUCCCAGAGAAAAGAAGUCCAAGUCUUCCAAGAAGAAGAAGCGCAAAGCCAAACAGGAGAGAGACGCCUCGCCAGUCGACUUCGCCAUCGACCCCAACGAGCCCACCUACUGUCUCUGCGAGCAGGUGUCGUAUGGUGAGAUGAUCGGCUGCGACAACGAGCAGUGCCCCAUCGAGUGGUUCCACUUCUCCUGUGUGGGGCUCACCUACAAGCCCAAAGGAAAGUGGUACUGCCCCAAAUGUAGAGGGGACAAUGAAAAGACCAUGGACAAGAGCCUAGACAAAAACAGAAAGGACCGGCGGUCCAGGUAGUGACUCACCUGGCCGUCGAGUGCUAAGACUGUCUGACGUAGUUGCUGAAGUAUCCGUGAUAAGAGCACAACUGAACACCAUUUAGCAGCAGCAGUUAAUCGAGGACAAAACGUCUAGUUUUUCCGAUGGCUCCCACCGUCCUGGGGGUCCAGCUGCUGCUCCAAUCAUCAGCCUGAAGCUGCCAUCUUCCAAGUGACUUGUUUUUAUUAGACAGAACUUUCAAAGCAGCUUUGGACCUACUUUACCUCCUGACUCUGAACUAGGUCCUGAUUUGGGAAAAAAAACAAGAUAUUCCUACUAAUGGAGUUUUUCUUUUUUUUUCUGACCAAACUGUCUUUCCUUUGCUUCGGUUAUUUUAAAUAUUUACUAACUGGAUCUGAAGUCUGAUUGUCCUCAUGCAGUAAAAGCGAGUAGAAAGUAGCCCGUACAUGUGAUGUGUUUAUAAGAGACUCGUAUUUAAUUUAGGAGAUGAUAGUUGGUGGGACCUUGUUUGCAUUUUCAAUCCUCUUCUCACUAAUGUGUACAUUUCUUUUUAUUUUCAUUAAAACAAAACAAUGGUCAAUCA